AUGGUGCCUCUACCUCUAUUCAAGCUCGCAUCGCUCUUCGUGCGGCACAUUUCCAAAUAUGGCGCGAACCAAAUCAAAGCACAAGCCCACGACCAUCCACGAUUUCGCGCAUUCGCCGCCAAGUACGGCCAGCACAUGCACCAGCUAAACAUGCGCAUGUCCGUCGCCCUCCUCCGCGACCCCGAGGCAGAGCGCCGCGCCAAGGAACGAGCCGAAGCCCCCACGGUCAAAACCGAGGAGCAACACAAGCGCGACGAGGCGGCCAAGUCGAAAUCCAGCCCCGGCGCCUCCUCCUCCUCCUCAUCAUCAUCCUCCUCAUCACAGUCGGCAAAGUACCCCCGAUUCACGUUGCAAAACGUGUGGAAGAGGAAAUUCCGGCCUCUGCCCGAGGGCAAAGCGGUCGACCUAUUCGCAGACGCUAUUGGCGAUGCGUUCAUUCUCGGUGUGGCAGGCGGCCUGAUCAUAUACGAGUCGUGGAAGGCGUUGCAAAAACCAGACGUGAACAAACAGCGAAUCGACGAUUUAAGCGAGAGGGUGGAGGCUCUGAGGAGGAGAGAGGAGGAGCUGGCAGAUGCGGAGGAGAAGCAGAGACAGAGGUUUGAAUCCUUGGAGGAGGCGUUGAGGGCUCUCAAGAACCCCAAGACGAAGGAGCCUUUGCUACCGACAUUACAGCCUUGA